CUCUGCCAGGGUUGAGACCGUACCUGGGUUGGACCCUCUGCAGCCAAACCUGCUCCCGGCUGAGCAUCUCCCUGCAGCCCCUCCAAGAGGCUCCCGGCCAUGGGGCAUCUCCAAGGCCUGUUCCUGGGCUGGCUUGCAGACAACCUGUCUCUCCUGUACUGGUAGCCCAGGGCUGGGACCCAGUGCUCAAAGGGUGGGCUCACCACUACUGAGGAAGGAGCACACAAUCCCGCUGCCACCUGCCUCCAAGUGCCACCCAGGAGAGUGAUGCUUUAUCCUUUGCAUCCUGUUGCUCAUGGUCACCUUAGUGGGCCCCGGGGUCCUUCAAAGCAAAAGGAAUGAGCCUCCAGGGGGAUGGUUCCCCAGGGUUAACAAGCCUGAGGGGGUUGGGCCUGAGAUGUGAGGGCCAACAGGGUAAAGCACAUCUGGUGGGCCCAGGGUUAAUCAUCCCAAGGAUGAUGGGAUCAAGGACAAAUGGACCCGAAGGUAAAAAACAACUGGCUGGUUGCCCCCACCCCAAAGGUGAUGGCCCCCAGGAUUAAUCCCCCCCAAGUGUGAUAGGCCUCAGGGUUUACCACCUUGAGGGUGAUAGAUCUGUGCUUCCAAAGUAAGGAAAAUAGCAUCACUUUUAAAUCACUAAAACCUACACUUGGGAGACCAAAUAGUCAAUUUAAGAUACAAACCCACAAUUUCAUACUACAAAACCACAUUUAGACAUCACAAGAUUUAUGCUUUUAAAGUUCAAAGACUCAUUUAGAAGGUCCACAGCAUCAUUUUGAAGGCCUCAGAUUUGACCGGAAGGUUCAGUGCCUCAUUUGUAGAGUCCAAAGGCUCAUAUUUGGCCCCAAACCAAUUGGAUAUGUUCCAAAUCCUCCCUCUCAGAGGGAGAGAAUUCAGUCUGCAAUUUAGCUGGCUCAAAGCUGCCUUUUAAGGCUCCACAGAGGCAUUUCCUCAUGCACUUACAAGUAAAGUAGGUCCUGAGCUACUCUAGUGAGGGUCAGAGUGUUCAUCUUUCCUUCUCUGUAAUGGUGCAGGUGUCCCCUGUGUCACACUGGGAAGCAGGUCAAGCCCAACAGUCCAGCUGCUGUCCUACCUUCCAACUGGGACAUGUGAGAUAGCGAGCAGCAGGUUUUAAGGGCUGCAGUUGGCUGGCUCCAUCCAACAACAGCUCUUCCUGCAUGAGGGCGGCAACGGACCGGACCCGGCGGCCUCAGGGGGAGGGGGCGGGGCCUGCCGGACGUCACGGUCGAAGGGCUGCACAGGCAGGCGUCGCUCCUCCUCUUCUCCAGGAAUGACUGACAGCCGCAAUAACCAACGGCGCCGCGGAGGCGGGAGGCGGGCUCCGCCUGACAGCCAAUGGCAGCGAGAGGCUGGCGGGCAGCCAAGCGGCUAACGGCACUAAGACCCCCCUGCGCAAUGGCAGAGCCGCGGUACCUGCAGGCCGAUUGCAGUUUUCGGCCCGGGACACACACGGUGCGGGUGACCCUGGCUCGCACUGUGCUGCGGGUGGAGGUGGAGGCUCAUGGCACCGCUGAUCUGUGGAGGGGCGAGUUCGAUGCCGCUUUCAUCGAGGACAUGACCCGCAAAACUGGGAAUUUCAAGCAGUUCGGCAUUUUCUGCAGCAUGCUGGAGUCAGCACUGAUACAGAGCAGCGAGUCCGUCAGCCUGGAGCUCCUCACCUACACCGAUCUAGAGACCCUGCGUAGCUGGAAAGUGGGGGCAAUCGCCCGGCCUCCCCCUUCCUCCUCUUCCCCCCUGAGUACUAGGCGCUACCUUAUCCUCGUCUACUCUGUGGAGAUCCACUACCCGCUGCCACUGCCUUACGCUGGGCGGCAGGACCUUGCCACACUGGUGCAGGAGUUGCGGGAGGAGCUGGCACAGCUUCGGGCACGACGCCUGGAGGAGAUCCAGCACCUGCGGGACGCGCUGCGACGCGCAGUGGAGGAGAAGCGGGUAGCAGAGGCCCGGCAUCAGCGUGAGCACCGUCAGCUGGCUGCCCAGCUGGCCGAGGCAAAGGCAUCAGAGCAGAGGCUGCAGCUGCGGGUGAAGAGCCUGACAGCCGAACUGGCCUCCUGCAGGAGGGGCCGCCGGACAUCUGCCAGCACGGCCCCCUGCCCCCAGAAGCAACGCUCAGCAUCCCUGGAGAGCCACAGGAGCAGCCUGGGCCGCCCCUCUCUGCGAUCCCCAUCACCUGCAGGUUCCCGCCUGCCACGCUUCGACCCCACUGCCUUCGUCAGGGCCCAGCAGCGACGGCAGAAGGAGGCUGAGCUCAGAAACCAGCGGAACAGAGCAGCUUUUGGCAGCACCAGUCCAGUGAGGAGCCAUGGGCGCAGCUCGUCGGCCACAAGCUUCCGGAGCUGGUGCUCGGCAGCGAGCUCUGGCAGCAAAGGCAGUGAGCGCCCCAAGGCUAUGCCCCACAGUGACAGGAGGGUGACCCGUACCGAGAGACCCCUGAGCACCUCGUCCUGCAAUGGCCUCUGUAUGGCACCUCGCCUGGCUGCCAGCCACAAGCUGCCCACACGCAGCGCUACUGGCAAGCGCCCUGGUAAAGAGAACCACUCUGAAGAACCCUCGGCUGAGCUGGCUGAGAUUGAUGCCCGGCUGUGGGCACUGCAAGAGUACAUGAACAGCCUGGACACCUGCAUGUAACUCCCCCCAUGGACCCUCCAGCCCCUCUGGGAACCCUCCCCCUCCCUGUGUCGUGGAGUUGACGGUGGUGUGGGGCAAGCGUUCCCCCAAAUAAACCCUUGUCUGGCCCUA